GCAGCAUUUAUGAAUCCAACUAACAUAACACUCUGUUAAAAGAAAAUGCAAUAUAUGAAACCAGCGUUUCGUGUGUCACGUUCUUUAAUAACCAUAAACCCUAAACCCUUCAUCUUCCUCACACUCCAAACGUUUCGUUCCCAAUCUCCCAUUUCCUUCUUCUCUUCAUCAAUGGCGUCCAGCGACUUCUCUUCACUUCCUGCUCCCUCUCUCGAGAAGCAAUUCGGUGAAUUCAGAACUCAUCUCGAAGAAUCUGGAACCUUGCGCGAUCGAAUUCGAACUGUUGUUUCGGAAAUUGAGUCCACCACAAGGUUAAUGUAUGCUAGCAUUCUUCUUGUUCAUCAUUCUCGUCCUACUCCAGAACUUUUGGAGAAGGCCAAGACUCAGAUUGAUGUGCUAAAAGAGAAAUACAAGCAACUUGCUGAUAUUCUUGGUGGAUGUCCUGGUCAAUACUAUAGGUAUCACGGUGAUUGGAGGAGUGAGACACAGACUGUUGUUUCUGUGCUUACUUUUAUGAACUGGCUUGAAACUGGAAAAUUACUCGAACACAAAGAAGCCGAGGAAAAACUUGGGUUGAACGGUCCGGAGUUCAAUCUAGAUGUUGAAGACUACCUAGUUGGUGUUUGUUUUAUGUCUAAUGAAUUGCCAAGGUAUGUGGUUAAUCAAGUAACAGCUGGGGACUAUGAUUGUCCAAGGAAGGUCUUAAAGUUUUUAACAGAACUUCAUGCUGCAUUCCGAAUGCUCAAUCUACGAAAUGAUUUUCUGCGUAAGAAGUUUGAUGGCAUGAAGUAUGACCUAAGGAAAGUAGAAGAAGUUUACUACGAUGUUAAGAUUAGGGGUUUGACACCCAAUGGUGUGUCAGUUGCAGAUCAAGGAAUCGAAAGGCAAUCUUAGAGUAUGUUAGAGUGAAUAGACUUUGCUUUUUGUUGGCUCAGGUAUAAGCCUAUUUAUCUAGAAUUUUUCUAGUUGUUGAUGAAAGGAAGUAAAGGCUUAUCACUAUGGUAUACAAUUCUGUCAAUAUCCUUAUUCAAAGCUUUUUGUGAGAACUUGGUAGAAACCCUGUAUUCCCUUUCUUUUAGAUGUAAAAUAUAGUACAUUUAAGUUUAUUUAAUAAUGAUCUGAUCUAUGUCAAAAAUAAAAAAGUUUAUUUAA